UUAUAUAUUCUUCCUGAGCGUUUUGUUAUACACCCGUCUACGUCGUAUCGUAUAGUAGCAGUUGAGUGUAGUAGCAGUAUUCACAAUCGGGUGAUGGUUUAGUUGCUUUCUUCAGGAUCCUUCACUGACUGUCUCUGUUACUCUUUCACUGCGUAGUUAAAGUUUAGAGCGAACCAUAAACCGUAUUAUUAUUUACCAGAGAGACGAACGAGAGUAGAGACGCGCAUUCUCUGGGCAUUAAGUUUGUUACAGCUGAGCGAUGGCCUUGCGGCUUCGCAGUAGCAAAGAUGUCAAGAAAAGCUCAUACUAUGUAUGGUAUUUGGGAGCGAGGGAGGCCAAAGGCGUGGAUGCUAUGCCAGGUGCCAUAGCAUAUCUUCUCGAGCGUGAAAGACUCCAAGAACCUUUCAAGGUCACACUGCAGGUCAGCAGCAAAGGCCUCAAAAUCAUUCAGACAGUACAUCCAGGUAUGUCGUCGAGGUCUGCUGUGAAACAUCUUGUGCCAGGUCACGCUGUUCUUGCAGCUGUACAACGGGAGGACGUUGUUGCUGCUACUCUUCUUCUUCCCAAUCCAGCUACUAACAAUCCUGUUCACGUUCACGCCUAUAGAUGUGAUUCUGUCGAAACAGCAGAACUUCUAGGCGGACAAUUAAAAGCCCUUGCUUCAAAUUCCGACAAUUCUACAAAACUAAAUGGAUUUGACAAUAGAAUGCGAAUUAACAUAGGAAGUGAUGGUCGUAGUACAAGAGAAUCUGAGUCAUCUGAAGGCAGCGGAGAACACCGGCAUAUUCCUGUUCAGACGGCAACUAUUUAUGAGUCACUGGCCGCUGAAUUAAGAGCUAAAUUAGGUAGAGGUAAUUCAGGUGACAAUGACGUAGGACCAAUAUUAUUACCACCCCGGGACUACGACACAGUACACAGACACCGUGGAAAUCUCGCGGGUAUCGAAUUCCGACGUUGUCUCAAUCAAACGAUCGUGGGUGGUAACACGGCGAUCGAUAGAGGCGGAACACGGAGUGCUGCCAGCAGUGGUAUCGGCUCGGACAGUGCAGCUACUCCGCCUCCAUAUCAACCACAUCAUCCUCUGGGUCCACGACCUUCCAGGCCCUCCCGAGAUACUUCUUCUGAUGAAGACUGGGGUGGAGCUAAUGAGGACACCGAGUAUCUGGCAGAUCAAAACUCAAACGUAGCUCUACCGCGAGUAAACCGGAGUCCGGAGAGAUCAAUCGGACUUACCCGCGCGUUAUCGCCAAACAGCUCAAAUAGAAUCCGACGAGCGCCUGAAUUGAGACAACGAUCUCCGAGCCCUCAGUAUCAGCCCAAAGUAGAUCCCAUCGAGGUUACCAGCCCUCGGGAAAGAUUUCAGGACGCCAAGGAGAUGUUCAAGGCCAUGGAACGAGAGAAUAACGCAAGGCCAGCGGUCGCCAGGCCCAGAGAAUCCAGCGAGAAUCGCGGAAAGCACAAAUUGGAGCAAUCGCGUCAACUCCACGAAGAGCGAACCCGACAUGUAAUGUCAAGCCCAUCUCAAUCAGCCCCUGUUCAUCAUGACCACUUAGUAAGGCGCAGUCAUCCGAACUUGGACCGCGAAAAGGACCGCGACCGCAACGACUACAGGAACAAGCCACGAACAAGAGUACAAAACUAUUCAUCUGUCGACCAUCUAGCGGAAAUAGAGCUGUCUUCGUCUCGACCAAGACCCAGAAGUUUUUACGACAACUCCUCCAGCGGUAGAGUCGACCAGAAAGACAUUCGACAUGUCAUCGAUCGAGAGAGAGAAUCUCGAGAGCGACACUCACGUGAUUUGAUGCGUGAAAAGGCAAGAAUAAGACCGAUGGCUUAUCAGGACAUUCCAAAACAUGACAGAUAUCUAGAUAGAGAAAACUCGAGACAGAGUUUUGAAAUUUUACCGACGCCUGGCAGAUACCGUCACAGUUACGCCGAGCCACCUAGACUUGGCCUUGCAGCACUUGAUCCUUAUUAACUAGAAAAAAUAAAAUAAUAAUUAAUACAACACUUUAUAUAUAGAUAUAGAUGUAUUUAUAUUUAUAUAUACCUUGUUGAUUAAUAGAUUAAUGAAAUAUUUAAUUAACUGGUAUAUCGUUGACCGUUGAUGCAUCGUUAUCAUUAUCUUAUUCCAGUGCCUGUCAUAUACAUACAUUAAUGAUAUUGGCUGUACGGUGUACGCUUCCAUCAGUGAUCUUUUUUCUCUUUCCUCUUCGCCAACGAGUUAAUAUUUUUAUUAUUAAAAACUUGCGAGGCAUGCGGGCGUUUAAAUGACCUGUCGCCAACCAAGACGUUGUUAAAUCGUGUUAUUAAUUAUUUUACUCUGUAUUUUGUUGUUGUUUUUUUACAUAGGCCGCUCGAUUAACCUCGGCUCUAUAUUAGAUCAAGUUAAAAUAUAAUUAAGUAAAUAAAGUUAUAGUAUAAACUUUUAUAAAUAAUUUAUAUUUAAUUUGUACUUGGCAUUGCGGAGAGGAAAGAUAAUGAGAGAGAUCUAUAUCCAGCCUCGCUGGACAGCCGCACUUUUUUUUCAACAAAAGUGUUUCGUAUCAUUUAAAACCGGCAUCUUGGAUUUAUAUGUUGUGUUGUACUUUUAUUAAUAAUAAUAAUAAUAAUUAUUAUGGUUGGUAUUAUUAUUAUUAUUAUUAUUAUUAUUAUUAUGAUACUUAAUCUCUGUACGUAAUGUUAUAUUUUUUAAUUGUUGUACUGUACUGAGAGAAAUCUCACUAAUGACAAUAAUCAUAAUAAUUUAGUCGUAAGUUAUAAGUAAUAAAUAAUAAUAAUUAUACGAUAACAAUAAUAAUUUUUAUUGUAAUAAAUAAUGAGCGAACUCAGUACUAAAAUUAUUAUUAAGUUGUUUUAAUUAAUAAUUAUUUGAAUUGACCUCAGUAAUGAUGAUCGGAGCCUCGAGAGACCUCUGACUGCCGGUUGUAUUAUGGAACCGGUCCAUUCUCUGUACUGAGUAUUAUUUCUGUACAGUUUAUUGGCUGUUAUCUU